GCGAUGCGGUACGCCGUGCUUGUAACGGGACCCGCAGGUGCGGGCAAGUCGACUUUCUGCAACGGUCUCAUGACGCAUCUGCAAACUUCAAAACGUUCGGGACACCUUGUGAACAUGGAUCCCGCUGCAAACUCAGACGCCUUUGAGUACGAACCUUCAAUAGACAUUCGAGACCUAGUCUCCCUAGAAGACGUCAUGGACGAGCUCGGCUAUGGUCCUAACGGAGGUCUGGUUUAUUGCUUCGAGUACCUCUUAGAGAAUAUGGACUGGCUCGAUGAGGAGCUCGGGGGCUACGAGGAUGACUACUUGAUCUUCGAUUGUCCGGGUCAAAUUGAGCUAUACACGCAUCAUCCAUUUCUCCCUACCCUUGUCCGCCAUCUACAACGGCUCGGCAUCCGAACAUGUGCGGUGUACCUGAUCGAGUCGCAGUUCAUGGAAGACAAAUACAAGUUCUUCAGUGGCGUGCUCUCGGCCAUGUCUGCAAUGGUGAAUCUCGAAGUUCCCUGGCUGAACAUAAUGUCCAAGAUGGACCUCGUUACCACCAAUGUGGAAGACAAGGGCAGCGGGAGGAACGGCAUUCGCACACGAAAAGAUAUCGCAAGAUACCUUGAAGCGGAUCCGAUGCUCCUCCUGUCAGCGCCGGGCAGCCGAGAGGAACGCACGGAGCGCAAUUCCAAGUUUCAUGCGCUCAACCAGGCCAUUGUCCAGCUGAUCGAAGACCACCCGUUGGUCAAAUUCCUCGCGAUGGACCUCACAAAUCCGGACUCCAUAGAGACCGUGCUGAGCCAUAUCGACUACGUGAUGCAAUAUGGCGAAGACGAGGAGCCGAAGGAGCCUGGCGACCUGGACGAGGGGGACUUCGCAGAGAUGGAGUGAUUCGAAUACAUCCUGAGACAGCGUUGCGCACCGCGUAUAUUCCCAUACGAGCUCAUAGACCCCUGUAUCGCCCCCCAGAUAGUAGUGAUCAACAUAUGCCAUCGCAGGGGACUCAACCG